GCAGUGUUUCCUAUCGUUGUAGAUCGGAAGUGGCUGGAAAGGGAAGUGAAAAUUCUCUUGGAAAAUUUCGAGUUCGCAUCGAACGAUGGAAUCGGUGAAAAAUGACGUUGACAUUUUGACUAACGACUCGCAAGAAGCCAACAAAACCAAGCUCGAUUCCUUUUAUUUCUAUGAGGUGGAGCAAUUCACGGUGCUGUGGCUGCUGCUGAUUGUAAUAAUAGCCGGUAACAUCGGCGUUAUUUACACGCUGACGUUCAGCAGGUCGAGAAAGAGCCGCAUGAAUUACUUCAUCACCCAUUUAGCGUACGCCGAUCUUUCCGUUGGAUUGAUCAGCGUUUUGACGGAUUUAAUUUGGAGGACGACUGUAAUUUGGUACGCCGGUAACGUCGCUUGUAAAAUCAUCAAGUUUCUACAGAUAGUAGUCACGUACGCUUCUACAUACGUUUUGGUAGCUUUAAGUAUAGAUAGAUACGAUGCUAUAAGACAUCCAAUGAAGUUUUCUGGUAGCUGGAGAAGGGCCAAAUGCCUCAUCAUAACAGCUUGGUUGAUCAGCGUGCUCUUCUCCAUACCCAUCCUGAUCCUGUACGAAGAGAAGAUGAUUCAAGGUCAAAAUCAAUGCUGGCUCCAAUUCUCCGAGCAGUGGAUGUGGAAGUUGUACAUGACUCUAGUUUCGAUCAGUUUGUUCUGUUUGCCGGCUAUAAUCAUCGCUUCCUGUUACGCCAUCAUUAUAAUCACCAUUUGGACGAAAAGCGAGAGUAGCUUUCGAAAUUUGAAAAAUGGCCAUAAUGAUAAUAAAAGAGGUUUGGAACAAUUAAGAAGGGCAAGUUCGCGCGGUUUAAUUCCGAAAGCCAAAGUUAAGACCAUCAAGAUCACUUUCGUGAUAGUCACAGUGUUCAUUCUAUGCUGGAGCCCCUACAUAAUCUUCGACCUGCUGCAAGUAUACGAGCAAAUUCCCCAAACCCAAACGAACAUCGCCAUAGCGACGUUCGUGCAGAGCCUAGCGCCGCUAAAUUCCGCCGCCAAUCCGAUUAUCUACUGCUUAUUGUCGACGCACUUUUGCCGAACCAUAUGGUCGUUGCCUCCGUGCAAGUGGCUGUGCAACAAGGGUAAGCGCAAACCGAGGGAUUCCACGUUGACCACCCAGAGCAGCAGCCUCACGGAGUUUAUGACCAGCGCUCACAAAAAGAAAACCAACCAGGCCAUUACUGUUCGUUGCGAAAAAUAAACGUAUUCCUAAAAUAUUUUGUAAGUGUUAUAUUAAGUGUAUUCAUUACGGGUGAUUAGGAAAAUUAGUUGGUUUGUAAACUCACCAUUACUCUCUCUACUCCCUACCUUAACCUUUCUUAGCCUGCACUAACCAGCAGCAACCAUGUUAGAAAAAGUUAAUUCCUUUAUAAUAAUUACGCAUUUUGCUAUUUCGUAAAUUUGUUUACAAACCAAUUUAUGGAUGAAUUCUGAGAGCAACUAAAAGACCUAACGAAAUCUGCAAGAGACAGUAAAUGUGAUUCUACCUCUGUUAAAUCUACAGAUAAGGUUAGAAUAGCUCUUACAGAUGCUCUCAAAAUUCAGCCAUUAGUUUCUAUUUUAGCCAUAUACGAAAAAUAAUCUGUAUUAAAUGUGUAUACUAUAUUCUUGGUAUAUGCUCGGUUUGAAAAGACAGGUAUUAGUAAUAGUAAAUUAUUGGUAUAAAUGGGAACGUAUAUU